AUGAUGGAGGGGCUCCUCAGAGCUGAAUGUGGCGUGAGCAUCCAUGACACACGCUACGUUUUCGUGGGCAUUGACGAGAUACCGGGGUUUGAGUCCAUUGCGCUUGGGCAACAUGCAGAUUCGCGGACCAUGGAAGCCGGCCUCUGCCAGAAGGCCGCGGAAGUGCUGGAGCAGCACCCGAAGGUGCGUGCGUUCUUGCUGGAGUGCAACGAGCUCCCGCGCUACGCCGAUGCACUCCGGAGAGCCACCGGAAGGCCCGUUUUCGAUGCCAUGAAGCUCUGCGACUUCUACAUCGACAGCCUUUUGGAUAAUCCGCGGUUCGGGAUCAAAGACUGGGACGACGCACUGAACAAGAAGAGCGCCGAGUUCGAUUUCGGCCAGUCGCUGUCCGCGGCCACACAGCUUAUUACAAAGCCGGCUCUCCUGGCGCGAGAUCUGGCGCUUCAGGUGUACGCAGCGUCAAUGCAGCAUGCGGUGUCCAUGAUGGUGCGUAGCCGCCGUCAAGGAAUCAAGCUCGGCGUGGUGCGACUGGACUACCACUACGAGCCAGCUCCGGGUGACGUGGAUCAUCCAGGCAGCUACGCCUACGAAGUGCACUACCAGAUGGUUCCGGGCCUUACUUUCGAACUCUGCCAGUCGGGAAAGAUGACCAAAGAGGUAGAGGUGGAGCUCUUUAAGGCGAUUGGAGCUCUGGAGUCCAAAGGCGUCUCCGUCAUCACCGGGGACUGCGGUUUCAUGAUGUGGUACCAGGAGCUUGUCCGGACAAGCACCCGCUUGCCGGUCAUCAUGUCCUCUCUUGCCACCUUGCCCGCCAUCACGAGCUCCUUCCACAAGGGCGAGCAGAUUGCGAUCUUCACUGCGAAUGGCAAGUCCCUGCUGCCCAUGGAAGAGCUGAUCAAGACGGAAUGUGCAGUGGAUCUCAAGGACGAGCGCUACAUCUUCGUGGGCUGCGAAGACAUCCCUGGAUUUGAGGCGGUGGCCUUGGGCGAAAAGGUAGACGUGCGCAAAGUGACGCCGGGGAUGGUGAAGAAAGCACAGGACGUUCUCCGAGAUCAUCCGAAGGUCAGAGCUUUCCUGAUGGAAUGCACUGAGCUUCCACCGUAUUCCGAUGCCGUGCGGCAUGCAACUGGCCUUCCUGUCUUCGAUGCGAUCACAGCCUGCGACUUCUACAUCUCCAGCCACCUCGACAACGUGAAGAUGGCAGUGGAUCUCUCAAACCCCUUCUGGCUCGUUUGA